CUUAUAAAAAUGAAACAUUUCGUCAAAAACAAAAUUAUGGGCCACUUCCGAAGCUCAGAACAGCAGCGAAAAGAUGCGGGUCAGGGUAGCCAAGCCGACCAGUCCCGAGGUAGUCAGGCCGAAGUGGGUGCAAAACCACGUCCUGCUCCCCAAAGAUCCUGUCCUGGCAGCCUGAAUGUGCCAGAGAAUAUGUACGUGCUGAAAAACUGCGAUCGCUGUCAGGACUACAAGGUGCAGCCCUGCAACUGGAAUUGCAAGUGUCGAAGAAGAGGAAGUGAUUGCACAGGUCAGUGCGACCUGUCGCCAUCGCUUUCCCAGGAGAGCAUUCCAGAGGCGGCGACACCAUCAAGGUCCCUACUCGACCCUGCCUCGCAGCGUCGAUUGGGCGGCAACUGCCCCAUUUGCCAGUUUUGCGGGCGGGAGGAGAUUCGUCAGCCAGGUCAGAGCAUGUGUGCGCAGUGCAAUGAGAAGAUCCAGGCCGCCGUGGAUAAUUACCAUGUGCAGUGCCACGGACAAUGUCAGCCCAUAGCGGGGCAACCAUGUCCUUAUCAGCAGGAUCAAGCGCACUCCCAGCCAGGACCUCAGUCAACUGGUCAGUGGCAACAGUUCAGUAGGAAUCCAUUUGAGCAGCAGUCAACUGGUCAGUGGCAGCAGCUAAGUGGAAAUCCAUAUGACGGUCAGCAGCCGCUGGGGGAUCAACCCUUCAACAUAAUUGUGCUGCAGGAUUGCAACAACCAAUCGCUGAUCGACCAGUUAACUGCGGCUAUAAGCCGCGGUGGCGGUCAAGUGCAUAUGCCCAUGGAAGCGCAUCGUUCUGAAAAUAACCUCUAUCCCAACAACUAUCCCAACAACUAUCAGAGUAACCCACUGGCUGGCUAUAUAGACUACGAGUACGUGGAUCCGAACCGCAAGGAAUAUGGCUACGAGCCGGAAAGGGACGAUCGAUACGACUACGGAUAUGAUAUGGGUGCUUCGCGCCGGGAUUCCUACUACCAAAGGGAUGGCUAUGAGGAGAAGGGGUUUCAGAACUACGCAUCAAGCUACAGCUUCGAUUAUCCCUCCAAGCACAGUAUCAACCAGAAAUCAGAAGCCUCAAGCCCCGACUACACCAAUCAAACUAGAAACCAGUCAUUCGAUUAUGGCCAGGCCCAGAGUUGCACAUGCAACUGUCAGUUUUGCCGCAAGGCCUUCGAAACCAAGGACAAGCUGGCUCUGCUUAUUGCCCAGGCACUGGAGAUCUUCAUCGGCCGUAAUAGUACCAAGGAGGACAAGAUGAAUAACCAAGAGCCGAGCCAUAAGAAUGAGAAUUCGAAAAGUGCAGAUCUAAGGACUAAGGCGAAGAAAAAGAAGGCUAGGAAAAGUAUGAGUCCGGAGCCCGUCGAAAAGAGUCCACCAAAGUCCAAGCAGGAAAGUCCAGAGCACGGCGGCAAUUCGCCAGCGAAGGACACUACAAAGACCCACAAGGAAAGCCAAUUGAGAACUGAAAAGAAGGGCAGCAAGGGGAAAAUUAGCUCGCAGUCCAACCAAAGUACCAAGACGAUUUCCAACCAAGGUUCCGGGGGCAAAGCUGUGAAGCAUUUGGGAUCAGUCCAAAACGUUUCCAGCCGCGAUGCAGAAAGUUCAGGAUCCCACAAGACGCCUUCAUUUUUCCUGCCCAACUGCGAGGAACAUCGCUGCAAGCACAAUUGCAAUGGGAUUUGUUCGCGAAAGCCGCAUGAUUGUGGAAAAGGUUGCAAGUCCAGAUGCCGCGGUCCCUGCUCCAAAUCAGGAGGUGGAGAUGGCCGCAGCCGCAGAAAGGGAUCGGGUAAGGGACAGCGAUCCCAUCAGCGGCACACUCGUUGCCAGCAGUGCAACCGGGGUGAGGGUCGCCAGUGGCAGGAGGUGGAUGCCACCGAUUGCCCGGCAGGCAAUCGAAAUGCUGGAGGCAGCGGCUUUGCUAAGAACGCCCUCCUGGGACUCAGUCCCAUUGCCCACUAUCGACCCGGAAUGCUGCAGUUUCCCGUGAAUUACCUGCUGGCGGGCACCAACUUCCGGCGGAGAAUCGUUCGCACCGCCGCCGGCGUAACGCUGCACCAGAAACCGUACUUGGCCAAGGCCGAUGCCAAGGAUCUGCCCAGCUUUCCCUGCUGCAAGAAGUGCAGCAGCCCAGACUGCCGAGCACCCGUUAAGAAGUGGCUCUGAGCUCCGGAGCGCGUCGCCGAAAUAUAUGCAUUGUUGGGCAUCGAAGGAGCU